AUGAAAUCUAUAUAUUAAGACAUGUUAAAUAGAGCUUAUAACACUCUAUUCCACCCAUCCGUGUAAUGGUUUAGGAUUCUUACACCAGGUUACAAUAUUUUCAGAUACCCUGCACCAGCAUCAGAAUAAAUUAAUCAUAUCGAACAUGACUUUAAAACUCCUUAUCGUGACUCAAAAUAUUAUGUCAGACAUGAUGAACCUGUAAUCGAAAGAGUAUCAAAGUUUACAUUCACAGACCCUUUGAAUGAAACUCCAUCUGAAAAAUUAGUCAGAUUAAAAUUACUUACUAAAGAUCAAGUCAACAAUUCAGAAGCUGUGUAAACGGCAACUUAGCAAUAUGAAUAAAAAUACGGAUUGCCUUUAUCUUAAAGAGUGUAUUGUAAUCAAGUUGGAGGUGGAGACGCCCUUUAAGACUUUUUCUAAGGUGAAAAUAUAAGAGAAGUCAUGGCUAGCUUUGUGAGACAAUAAUGGGAAGAAGUCAAUGAAAAUGCGCUUGAAGACUUAAACUGUACCAAUUUAGAUGACGAUUACCAUCCAGUUUUAAAUGAGAAGGUUGGAUUCAAUCUCCAAGAAGCAGAUCCACUUUUUAGAUAACUAACUGUUGAUUUACACACUUUAGUUAAAAAUAUUGGGGAAAAAGCAAAAUAAGAGGGUCAUCUAACAUUUUUCAGGGGAGAUCCAAAUUAUUGGCAUGUCCUCGAUAAUAGUUUCCCAGUAGAAUCCAUUAGAUUGAUAUAAAAUACUUUGGGUGAUGAAGUCUCCUAAUUAGAUCCAAAGGCAUUAUAAAAACAACAAAAUAGAGAGGAUUAUCACAUUGAACAAAAGGUGUAAUUACCCAUAGAAAAUAAAUAUUAUUCAUGAAAUCAUAAAUAAAAUAAAAUAUUUAUUCAGUAUAAUCAAUAUUUA